AGGGCGCAGAGCCGGGCCGAGCCGCCGCCGGCGCCACGCGAGUCCCGCAGCCGCCGCGCCCGGGCCAUGGGCCGGGGGCACUGAGGGCCGCCCGGGCGGAGCGCGGAGGUGGGACCGAGCCAGUGCCUUGCCCUCGCGCCGCGCCAACAUGCCCCGCGGCUUCCUGGUGAAGCGCAGCAAGAAGUCCACGCCCGUGUCUUACCGGGUCCGCUGCGGCGAGGACGGCGACCGAGCGCUGCUGCUCUCACAGGGCUGCGGGGGCGCCCGCGCCGAGCCCCCUGCGCCGAGCCCGGGGCCGGGGCCUCUGCCGCCGCCGCCGCCCCCAGAGCGCGCCCAUGCGGCGCUCGCCGCCGCGCUCGCCUGCGCGGGCCCGCGCCGCCCGCCGGGCCCGCGGGCCGCGCACUUCGGCAACCCCGAGGCCGCGCACCCCACGCCGCUCUACAGCCCCACGCGGCCCGUGAGCCGCGAGCACGAGAAGCACAAGUACUUCGAGCGCAGCUUCAACCUCGGCUCGCCGGUCUCGGCCGAGUCCUUCCCCACGCCCGCCGCGCUGCUCGGAGGGGGCGGCGGCGGCGGCGCGAACGGCGCGGGCGGCAGCGGCACCUGCGGCGGCGACGCGCUGCUCUUCGCGCCCGCCGAGCUCAAGAUGGGCACGGCGUUCUCGGCGGGCGCCGAGGCGGCCGCGGCCGGGCCUGGCCCGCUGCCCCCGCCGCCGCCUGCGCCCCCGGGCAAGCGGCCCGCGCCCCCUGCCGCCGCCGCCGCCGAGCCGCCGGCCAAAGCAGCCAAGGCCCCAGGCUCCAAGAAGCCCAAGGCCAUCCGCAAGCUGCACUUCGAGGACGAGGUGACCACGUCGCCGGUGCUCGGGCUGAAGAUCAAGGAGGGCCCGGUGGAGGCGCCGCGGGGCCGCGCGGGGGGCGCGGCGCGGCCGCUGGGCGAGUUCAUCUGCCAGCUGUGCAAGGAGGAGUACGCCGACCCGUUCGCGCUGGCGCAGCACAAGUGCUCGCGCAUCGUGCGCGUGGAGUACCGCUGCCCCGAGUGCGCCAAGGUCUUCAGCUGUCCGGCCAACCUGGCCUCGCACCGCCGCUGGCACAAACCGCGGCCCGCGCCCGCAGCCGCCCGUGCGCCGGAGCCCGAAGCUGCCGCCAGGGCAGAGGCGCGGGAGGCGACGGGAGGCGGCAGCGACCGGGACACGCCAAGCCCCGGCGGCGUAUCCGAGUCGGGUUCCGAGGACGGGCUCUACGAGUGCCACCACUGCGCCAAGAAGUUCCGCCGCCAGGCCUAUCUGCGCAAACACCUGCUGGCGCACCACCAGGCGCUGCAGGCAAAGGGCGUGCCGCCAGCGCCCCCGGCCGAGGACCUACUGGCCUUGUACCCUGGGCCCGACGAGAAGGCGCCCCAGGAGGCGGCCGGCGACGGCGAGGCGGCGGGCGUGCUGGGCCUGAAUGCGUCUGCCGAUUGCCACCUGUGCCCAGUAUGCGGGGAGACGUUCCCCAGCAAGGGCGCCCAGGAGCGCCACCUGCGCCUGCUGCACGCCGCCCAGGUGUUCCCCUGCAAGUACUGCCCGGCCACCUUCUACAGCUCGCCAGGCCUUACGCGGCACAUCAACAAGUGCCACCCGUCCGAAAACAGACAAGUGAUCCUCCUGCAGGUGCCCGUGCGCCCGGCCUGCUAGAGCGCGCCCUCCUCCCGCCCCCCGAACUGUGCCUUCGCUUGGAGACCCACAAAGAGAGCGCGCCCUGCAUGCCCCACCCCGCGUCCGCGCUGGGGGCGCCCCCCUGCCACCGGGUGAAAGUGUCGUCUCCGCUCCUCUCGGUGUGGCGUGACGGUAACCCCGAUCCUCUCGUUGUGACUCCUUUUGGAUCCCCCGUUUUUUGUUGUGUCCCCCCCAGUCCCCAUGGCGCAACAGGAGCCCAUCUCUUUCUGUACAAGGGGAGAAAAGCUGUACGCGUUUGUCUUGUGGUUGGAAGCCUCCCCUUGGAGGGGAAGGGCUGUUUUUCUUGCUAGUAUUCGCUGUGUUCAUGGUCUAGAAAUGCGGUUUGCUCUCGCCUACCAAUCUCUGCUCUCUAUGUAUGUAGCGUACGGGUUGUUUUGGGUGAAUCUUGAGGAAUAAAUGCCUUUAUAUUUCACAGGCUGUAAAUUGAACUUCCCACACGAUUAGCUUUAUUAUGGCUUGUGAACUGCUGGAGUCUGGCUUUACCUUUUUGUAUGUGAACAAAUCAAAUUGCUUAAAAAAGAGUUUUCUUUAGUAUAGCCACAAAUGCCUUGAACCGUUGUCUGUUUGGGAUUGUUUUUGGGGGGAGGGAAGGGAAUUUGCAGAAGAUGCUGUAGUAACUGCCUCAAUAUUUCACGUAAGACUUUUUUGUUUGAUCAUCUUUGUUGAGGUAGGACUAUAUGAGUUCCUUCUAAAUGUAUAUGUUGAUUUAUGAGUAAUUGUUAUUUAUUCUUUAUUUAUUUAUAUUAAUUAUGAAGAUUAUGAUAUUAUUUGAUUGCAGAUCUUUUUUUUUUUUUUUGGUGCGCUUUGCCCCCUUGCCACUCUUGACAUUUCACUGUGCAUUUUAGAAGAGAGCCUUUUUCUAAAGGGAUCUGCUAAAAGUUUUAACUUUUAUACCUGUCUGAGUGAAUUACAGGCAACCUACCAUUUUAUUCUGCUUGGAAGGGUCCUUGAGGCCCUUGUACAACCGACAGCUCUUACUUUUAAAUGCAAUCUCUUUUCUACAUACAUUAUUUUCUUAAUUGUUAGCUAUUUAUAGAAAGCUUCAAUAGAACUGUUUCAACUGUAUAACUAUUUACUAUUCAAAUAAAAUAUUUUCAAAGUCAAA